AUUUGGCAUUGCCAUUGGAGAGUUAUACGGAUCACCCCCAAAUUAUUUGUGUAAUAAUCAGUAAAGGAAGAAGAAAACUAAAUCCAAAAUUUCCCUUUUUACUCAAUUCACUUUCUCAACAAAAAAUUAAAAAAAUGAGCAGUGCAGAAACAGAGCUUCUCACCAUCGGUCCUCUUGAGCUCAAAUUCGCAUUUGAGCUGAAGAAACAGAUAUCGUGUUCCCUUCAAUUAUCAAAUAAAACUGAAAAUCAUGUCGCAUUUAAGGUUAAAACGACGAACCCGAAAAAGUAUUGUGUUCGUCCGAAUACAGGCAUUGUUUUGCCUCGAUCCACUUGUGAUGUUAUCGUAACAAUGCAAGCACAGAAGGAGGCCCCUGCUGAUAUGCAAUGCAAGGACAAGUUUCUACUUCAGAGUGUCGUUGCAAGCGCUGUUACCAAUCCAAAAGACAUCACUCAGGAAAUGUUCAAUAAGGAGCCUGGACGCGUUGUAGAAGAGUGCAAAUUGAAAGUGAUUUACCUCCCCCCUCCUCAACCACCAUCCCCCGUGGCAGAAGGAUCAGAAGAAGGUUCUUCACCGAGGCAGUCCUUGACAGAGAAUGACAAUCAAAAUGGUUCUGAGCUCACAAGAACAUUUCUUGAAACUCAUGACAAAUCUACAGAGGCAAAGUCUCUUAUUUACAGAUUGACGGAGGAGAAAGCUGGUGCUCUACAUCAGAGCAACAGACUUCGUCAAGAAUUGGAAAUUAUGAGGCGCGAUAUCAGCAAAAGCCGCAGUGGUGGUGUUUCGUUCAAGUUCGUCAUCGUCCUUGGCUUGAUUGGUGUAGUUAUGGGCUACAUUCUCAAAAGUUCAUGAACAAUCACUAUAUUUUCCAUCAAAAUGUUUGUUUUGUCAACCUCAGAGAAGCAUUGAGGUGAAAAAGAAAAGAGGCUAGCCAAAUGAUGAUUCUACUUGGUUUAGCUGCACUUCCUUUGUAAGAAAAAAAAGUUGUCUAUUAUUUGCCUGCAAUCUCUAUGUAAAAGUGUCUGAUUAGCUCAAAAAGAAGUUGCAACAACUUUAGUUUUGAAUUUUUUUCACAAUAACUUUGUAUCUUUCUCUUUUUUUUUUACUCAUUCGGUUUCCGAUUCCUAUAUUGGAUUUCGAUUAAGUCUGAAUUCACACCGAGAAGUUUCGAUAAAAUAUUGACAUAAUACAUACA